UCCAAAAAUUACAUUAACAUCUACACUGCUCGCAAUAUGCAUGUAGUUCCUUUAUAUCAGGACCCACUACAUGGCGAACGCCUUACCAUAUCGGGUUAUCAUAUUGGAAUGAAGAUGCUUCCCGAACAAAUGUCUAUCUCUGAUCCGAUUCUGCUGCGCCACCUCCUCUGUCUAAUAAUAAUAAUUCACAACUCUUUUCACAUAAUUCUAUGCUGUCGCCAGUUGAAAUUGUGUAAAAAAAACGAUGCCCCACCGGCCCAAUUGGAGGGCAUUAUGUCGCAAGAGGCCUUCGAGGCCUCCAAGGAUAAGCAACUUCACACUUCAUAUCUGGAGUUGUUUAACCUUAUAAUGGAUACAAUAUAUAGCUGUUUGGACUUGUAUCUUUGCACUUUGGUGUACCUUUGGAAACUGACUGUGGGGUGGUAUGGCUAUGCGGAUACUAUCUGGCUGAAUGUGACCUUCAUGACGUUGUUCUCCUUUUACUUGGUGAUCCGAAUGUUGCCAUCCCUAUUUUAUGAGAAAUUGGUCCUGGAUCCCCAAUACAAAGUUGAUCCUGAAAAGACUCCUCCCUUGUUGGGUUUGAUUUGUGCCCUGGCUUUCUUUUUGGUUUUUCUGCAGAUUGGUAUCAUUCCGCUGACCGCGGUUUUCAUGUCCAUUGAGCAGAUCAGUGUUUGGUAUUUCGUACUGAUCGUUUGGCUUUCUUUGGUGAUUGUAUUUCUGCUCUUUUUGGCUUGUGUUGGAAUUUUCGGAGUGCCCUGUUUGGGCAAGAGUCUGCAAUUGAAGGAUUCCGAUAUGAAUGACAGACUGCGAUUGGUACUGGAUCAUUUUCGAUUUCCGGGACGGGUUUUUCUGGUGCACACAUUUCAUGUGGGACGACCCACGGCCUGGGUGAUGGGAAUCUGGUGUUGCCUGCGCUUGGAUAUCCACGAUAAUCUGAAAUUGAACCGGGGCAUGGACACGAAUGACCUGACUUUGGGUCAGGUGGGAGCUGGUCUCAAUGACGAGCAGUUGGCCGCCUUUGUGGCCCAUCAACUGGCCCACUGGCGUUUGUGGCAUUUAAGAAAGGUCCUGGUGAUGAUCAACCUGAGUCUCUUGAUAUAUCUACUGCUCUUUGGAUUGUGCUACAAGUGGCAGACGCUUUACCAGGCGGCAGGCUUUUCCAAAUUGUACCCAAGUAUUGUGGGCUUUUGGCUGGUAUAUAAGUACCUAAUGCCGGUUUACUACACCAUCAAUGCCUGGAUCGUGUUCUAUUUAAUACGGCAUUUCGAGUACGCCGCAGAUGCCUAUGUAGUUCGACGGGGCUACGGACAACCGAUGAGGGCCGCUCUGCUCAAGCUGUUUGCCGAUGACUACGAGUUCCCCUAUGUGGACCACUGCUACCUCAUGUGGCACCGAUUCCGGCCAUCGAUACUCCAGCGUAUACUUAAUCUAAAGCGACUUGAGUUCAAUACACGCGUCUCCGUUGUAUCCCUUAUAUGAACUCUUAAAUCCUUGAAUCAGAAAAGUAGUAAUCUGAACAGCAAAACUUAUUUCUGGCAAUAUCUUUUUCUUUUUGUGAAAGAGCAUUAAAAAUAAAACUAUAUUUUACUUUACUUAA